AUGGAUGGAUGGAUGAAGACAAAGGCGAAAUCAAAAAGUUCUCUGCUCCUUGUCCCCGUGCCACGUCUCCCAGGAGCCACCUGCGUCCUGCAUUCCAAGUUCUCCGCCUCUCAGUUCUGGUCCGACUGUCGGCGCUACAACGUCACCGUCAUCCAGUACGUGGGGGAGCUCAUGCGCUACCUGUGCAACACCCCCAAGCGUGCCGAUGACCGCGAGCACGGCGUGCGCAUGGCCCUGGGCAACGGCAUGAGGGCGGAGGUGUGGAGGGAAUUCCUGCGGCGCUUCGGGCCCGUGGCCAUCUGGGAAUUCUACGGGGCCACCGAGGGCAACGCCGGCUUCAUCAACUACACCGGGAAGGUCGGGGCUGUGGGCAGGGCCAACAGGUUCCUCAAGCUCUUCGCUCCCUUCGAGCUGAUCAGGUACGACGUGGAGGAGGAUGAGGUGGUGCGGGACGAGCGAGGGCUCUGCAUCCCCGUCAAACCCGGUGAGACAGGGCUGCUGGUGGUCAAAAUCACCAAGAACACCCCGUUCCACGGCUACGCCGGCGACUCGCAGAAGACGGAGAAGAAGAUCCUGAGGGACGUCUUGGCCAAAGGCGACGCCUUCUUCAACAGCGGGGACCUCCUCAUGAUGGACCACGAGAAGUUCAUCUACUUCCAGGACCGCGUCGGGGACACUUUCCGCUGGAAAGGGGAGAACGUGGCCACGACGGAGGUGGAGGCCACGCUGGGCUUGGUGAGCUUCAUCCAGGAGGUCAACGUCUACGGCGUGGCUGUGCCGGGGUGUGAGGGCCGCUGUGGCAUGGCUGCCGUGUGCCUCAAGGACGGCGCCACCUUCGACGGUGACAAACUCUACGCCUUCACGCGGGAAACGCUGCCCGCCUACGCCGCCCCCCGCUUCAUCCGGAUCCAGGACGCUCUGGAGGUCACGGGGACCUUCAAGCAGUGCAAGAGCAACCUGGUCAAGGAGGGCUUCGACCCCGCCGUGGUCCGCGACCGCCUCUUCUUCCGCGACGACGCCCGCAAGUCCUACGUGCCGCUGAGCGCCGCCACCUUCGCCGCCAUCCGGGACAUGAAGCUCAGCCUGUAGCGGCGCUCUGGGGGUCCCGGGGCUCUGAUGGCCUGGGGCUAAUUAGCAGAGGCUAAUUUGGGGCUAAUCAGGCUUGGUUUGGGGGGGGUUUAACCGUGUGGGAGCAGGAGGAGGGCGAUGGGUUGGUGUUGCCUCGCCCUGCGCUUCUGUGCUGUGGAAAUUAAGGCCUUAAUUCCCGGUU